AUGGAAUCAUUGGACAAAUUUCGUUAUUCUUGGCAAGAAGAAAUUUCAAAAGAAAAAUCUAAUCAACCGAAUUCCAUCGAUGAUAUUGCACUUACUCCAACUGGUGAUCUCUGUCGAUUAGGUACAAAAUCUAAACAUUCAAAUGAAUAUAAAACAUCUAUUCCACCAUCAUCUCAAUCAAUUUGUCCAUCACAUUCAAUAAUUAACAAUGCAUCAUUUACAAUUGGUAUUCGAACAUUUAUUGCUUCAAAUUCUUCAUCCACAAAACUUUCAUUAAUUGAACCACCAGUUAAAAAAUUAAAAACAUCAAAUUUAACAUUAAUCGAUGAAUUAAUACGUGAUAUUGAUGAAUCAACAGAUAUACCAUUUUUUAAUAUAUCAUUACCACGUGAAAUAGCAUUACAUAUAUUUAAUUAUUUAUCAAUUAAAGAUUUAUAUUCAUGUUUACAAGUAUGUAAAUCAUGGUAUUCAUUAUCAUGUGAUGAUAUAUUAUGGUAUAAUUUAUAUAAACAAAUAAAAUUCGAUAAUAUAAAAAAAAAUCACAAUGAUACGUGGAAAGAUCAUGUUAAACAAGCUAUUUUAUCAAAUCAAAAAUUAAUACAAAAUUUUAAAAAUCAUCAAUGUCGUACAACUAAAUUAACAAAUCGUCUUGGUAUCGUUUUAACAUGUGCAAAUAAUAAUCAAACAACAAUUAUUGGUGGUUAUUCAACUGGUAUUAUUCGUACAUGGUCUAUUGAAGCUAUUCUCAAUGUUGAUGAUAAUAAUGAAGAUAAUGAACAAUUAAAUAUACCUGAUAUUAUUUAUGAAUCAACAGAUACAAAUCAAUAUACAGAUUUAUCAAGUGUUAAAUCAGUUGGAUUUUUAAAAAAUGAUAUUUAUGCUAUACAUGAUAAUGGUCUAUUAGAAGUUUGGACAAAAGAUAUUGGUGAUAAACCUCGUUAUACUCAACAAUUACCAUCAAUACCAAUUCAACAUAUUGAAAAUGAUGAAAAUAUAUUAUGUACUUCAAGUCGAUCGAAAUUUUGUGUAUGGAAUUUUAAUGAGAAUGAAUCAAGUGCUCAAUAUCAAGAACUUAAUUUUCUAACUGAUUUAAAUGAUCGUAUUGUAUCAUUCUGUAUGUCUAGUUCUCAUUUCGUACCAAUAUCAAUAAUUGCUUCUAGUAAAUCUCUGUGGUGUAUAUCAUUAACAAAUCUAAUACAUCGUCAUUCAUUUUAUUCAAUACUUGAUUCCGAUUAUAUACAAAAAAUUCCAUUAGAUAUUCAUAAUGAUGAACCAUUAGCUAUAAUUGGAUUUGAUCGUGAAAUAAAAUUAUUUGAUUUAGAAUGUGGUCGUUGUAAUAUUAUAACAACAAAUUAUAAAAAUUUUCCAGCAAAUAUUCAUUUAAUACGUGCUGAUAAAUGUCCUAUAAAUGAAUUUAUAGUUGCAUUUGAUAAUUUUCAAAUAAGUAUAUUUGAUCGACGACAAAAAGAAGGAGCUGUACAACAUUUUUAUAAUCAUUAUUCUACAAUAACAACAGUACAAAUGGAUACAUGGAAAUUAGCAAGUACAGAUGUAUGUGGUUUUGUUCGACUUUGGGAUCGACGAAUGUCUCCACGUUCUUUAUGGCAUAUGAAUCCUCAAUCACAUCCUGUUACACAUUGUUCAUUUGAUAAACAAACACUUAUUUUUGCAUUAACACCAUAUUACAAACAACCAGAUAUGAUUGAUUAUCAAAUUGAUCCUGAUUCAUUAUCAGGACAUAUUUAUGUAUGUGAUUUUACAUCGGAUAUUUCAACACAACUUGGUGAUGAUUUAAAAAUUUGUACAUCAUCUUAUGAUGCACCACAAGCAUCGAAUAGAAGGAUUGGUUUACAUACUCCAUAUGAUAUUAUUGAGUAG